UAACGCCUGGUAAAAUUGAUAUAUCUGCGAUGGUUUGAUCGAGACGUYUCCGUGUUAUUUCUAGCCAUGGAUUGGCAUUAUUUGAUCUUUUUUAUUGUUCAAGUUAUAAUACAGCAUCCAGGGUUGGUAUUAAGRGCGGAGUAUGUGAAAUUUGGAGCAAUUAACAGUUCAGAAACCGAAUCAGAGGAAGCGAAACUGCAUACGCAAUUUAAACAAUUUGUCGUCCGAUACAAUAGAUCAUACAUAAAUGAUCCCAAAGAAUUCAUCAAGCGAAAAUAUAUUUUUAAGGAAAGUUUGCUUAGACAGMGCAAGUUGAAAGACAAAGAAAAGAAACUUGGUGGAACUGCUGUCUAUGGCAUCAAUAUGUUUUCUGAUUUGACACCACAGGAAUUUAAAGAGUUUCUAAGAAGAGGUGGUAUCAGAUCUGGUCAUGGACUGUUCACGAGCAACAUACAACAACCAAAAUUGUUACAAUCAUGCAAUGAUAUUCUCGAGAAGGAAAUGCCUGCUCACUGGAAUUGGCAUGAGCAUGGUAGGGUGACAUCAAUAAAGAACCAGGGCAAGUGUGGAAGUUGUUGGGCGUUCACUGCUGUGGAAGUAGUAGAGACACAAUGGGCCAUCAAGACUGGUGAUUUGAAGUCUCUUAGUGUGCAAGAACUAGUAUCUUGUGGGGCUGGGUUGGGAUGCAAUGGCGGUAAUACAUACGAUGCACUAAAGUGGCUAGUGUCAGGUCGAACAGCAAACCACACGGUUAUACACUAUACUCUUGCYCCUGAAUCUGAAUGUCCAUAUGAAGACAAAGAAACAACAUGUGAUGAGUCUCUUAAACAUAGCUCAUCUGGAGUUCCAAUCAAGUUUCCAUGCUCCAUAUUUAAUAUUGAUGAGAAGACCAAGCUGAAGUCUAUCAUUGCCUUCAAUGGUACAGUUGCUGUUAACGUUGAUGCAACUAUGUGGCACGACUACAUAAGUGGAAUUAUUCAACAUCAUUGCAGUGGUUUGGAAAUAAAUCACGCAGUGCAAAUAGUUGGAUAUGAUACUAGAGGCGUGGUACCUUACUGGAUUGUCAGGAAUUCGUGGGGAACACAGUUUGGUGAUAAAGGUUAUCUAUACAUUGCAAUGGGUCACGAACUCUGUG